AUGUCGAUUGUGUCGCUUGGACAGUGGAGCAGGAAGCACAAACGGCGAUCACAGCAAUCCAGUCAGCAGCUGAGGUCGUCCAUUCUACCAUCUCUGCCGCUGCUGGGUCAGGCGAUUGACGAGGAUGGCGAUACCACGAACUUGGAUCCCGAUGAGGGAGCCUUUUUUAGAUUUCGAACUGAUUUGAGAGAUAGUGAGGUACUGCGUCUCAUCGAAACCAUUCAAAAGGAUGAUGCCAAGCAGUUCUCGAGCUUUACUUUUAAAAGGAUUGAAUCGCUUACUAUGGACGUAACACUGACCGAACUCCCCGAAAGUGUCACUCCUGUCCACAUUUGCGCGGCAAUGGGUGAUUAUGUUGGUGUUAGGAAGCUACUUGUGGCAGGACUUCCCUACCUCACUCAGGAUAGGCUGGGUCGAAUACCUUUGCACUACGCAGCACAGACGAAUCUACCCACGGUUAUAAUACUCCUAGCCAGGGACAUAUCUCUCCUAAACGUAUCCGAUUUUGCGAACGAAUUACCCCUGGCUUUCUGCAAGUAUCAUCAAAACCAAGCAAUCAAAGAGUACAUCAUGGAAGUAACCAACGCGCAAAAGGUCGCACAACCAUCCGAUGACGUUGAAACGGACGUUGAGAAUGACGAGGUUCAGGCGAUGGUUUCACGUGGUGCACAUUGCACACUGCCUCUGCACUUCGAAGCGUACUUAUGUACCCGGGUCAGGCCCAGUCACAAUCGUCAGACGCUUUGCGAGUGUUCCGAUGAUGUCGCCAAACACGAGAAAUUCAGUGAAAGCGAAGUUCUCAAUGAACUUAUUGCCAGCAGAAGCGAAGUGUUUGUUAAGCAGCCAACCAACACGUUUGGCCAAUUUGAAACUCCCUGCUCUAACUUGGUGGCAGAGUUCGUGCGCAUAGCCGACGACACACCAGUUGAUAAUCUUGCUGAACUGUUUUUUGGAAUUUGGAAAAUGAGGAAGCCUGAUCUUGCACUCACUCUCUACGGAUCAGUGCCCCAGCAGAAGUCCUUUCAGAAGCGAUUUAAUAACAUGAUCUUCAGUAUUUUCCAAAAAACCUUAACAUGGGUAAUAACGGAUGGCAUCUACGACAGCGUAGCUGAGACGAUGUCCCACGGAAUACGUGGCUACGCAGAGGCUUACGGACUAACCAAGUUGCAAGUCAUUGGGAUUGUUCCCUGGCGGCGUAUGUCCUUCCAGGCUGACCUUCACUCCGCUGAUUUUUCGGGUAAUUUCCAGGCAAGGUUUCCCGAUCGUGAACGAAAAUUAGCUAUCCAAACCCAAAUUGCGCCUUUCCACACCCGCUACCUUUUUGUCGACUCAGGCGCCAGAAAUGAUGUUGAUUGCAUACAAAAUUUCCGCACGCAGUUCGAAGUUUGGCUCUCCAAAAUACGCCUGGACGAGGAGACCUUUGAGCUAUCACGUAAUAUCCCACUUUGUGGACUUCUCGUUGCAGGGAGGCCGGAGGAUGCUCUGGGCGUCUAUCAAGCUCUUUGUCGAAAUAUUCCGUUUGUUAUUGUAGCAGAUAGCGGCGGCCUGGCAUCUAUUCUGGAACGAUGCGUUUCGGAAAUGGAAUAUUUACAGGGCAGUGGAAAUUCAUACACAGACGAUGGGCUAGGUGAAAUAGAGCUUGAUGAGACUGAAUCCUCCGAGAGGACCCAAGUGAGGCUAAAUGAUACAGAAAGUCUCGGCACUAAGAAUAACUCACAUCCCGGUUGUGAUGGCGAUACGCGUCUGUUUGAGAAAAAGAAGCAGAAAUUAGUCCUGGAAAUAAUGUUCCAGUAUUGGACAGAAGAAGAAAUCCAACAGGAGUCACUCGAUAUGGUUUUAAAAAUUGUGGCCUAUUCCCAGCUGAUAGAAUUCUUUUCCAGUGACAAGGGCUUAGAAGGGACGUUAGACAGGAGCGUUUUAUCGUCACUCAUCAAUCCAGCUCUCUUUCAAACUCAAGAAAGUCAGUAUACCUGGAAGCCGAGACUUAAAAUAGCAUUGGAAUUGGACCGCUCAGGCUUUGUGCUGGAGAAGAUUUUGGAUGGUGCAAAGUGGACGCCCAAGGAAAUGGAACCUUUUGUAAUAAGUUGCCUUUUGAAAAACAAAGUGGAUUUCCUUCGAAUAUUUACUGAUGUUGGCUUUGAAAUCCACGAGUUUGCCAGUACAAAGAUAGUGGAAGAACUAUAUUCUGUUGAAGCGCAGCGAAACGUACCGGCACAAAUUACCAUCGAAAGAGUCAGAAAAACCCUUCGAAAACUCAUGGGCCAUAAUCUUUUGACCUAUAACAAAGAGAACCCAAAACCACCCGGAGCUAUAAGGAGGACCUUAAGAGGCGGCACUUUUGACUCCAAAUCAAAACGGGACCAUUGCAUACAGUACCUCUACCUGUGGGCGCUAGUCACUCGGCGUUUUGAGACAGCACACUUCCUAUUGACGAUGCUAACUGAUAUAUCCGCGGGGGCCCUCUUCGCUGCAACCUUCUUGCGCUGCAUAUCCAAAAAAACUCGAUUCCUUUCUGAUAGCGUGGACCAGAGAAGAUACGCUAGUGAGUUUGAACAACUAGCUGUUUCAAUUUUGGAUGCCUGCUAUUUCAACAACAAGGAAAACACAAUGAAUCUGUUGGUGAUGGAGAGAAGGAGUUUUGCCAUGCACUCAUGCAUGAUGAUCGCCUCAGAGGGCAACUGCAGAGAGUUCAUGCAGCACCGGGCAUGUCAGGAAUACUUGGAUCGCGUAUGGGCUAACACACUUCUCAUUAAGAAGCUAUCUGGGAGGUUCAUCUUGAGCAUCGUAGUUGGAGCCGUAUUUCCUCCUGCUGUUCCCUUCGUGGCUGAAUACGAUGAAGCUAUGUACGCUAAGUCGGCUAAAUCACGGAAAGCAGCGACCAACAUACUCCUCUUCUUCAUCCUCCUUGUCAACAUUGAAGUAGAACUCGACUACUCUAGCAGCGUAAUGUUCAGCAUUUCAGCAUUCAUGAUCCUCACGUUCAUAACACAUUUCAUCGAAUUCGUGAGAAUCACGAAAGGAGAUUUGUUGCCUUUCUCUCUGAUUCUCUGCAUAUUUUGGAUUUUGUACUCCCUAUUCUUUUCCGCGAUUGUUAUUCGUCCCAAUACUAUUUACAACCCGUCUGACGCUCUGAGUAGUCUUUUUUACACCCUGCAAAGUUCGUUCUUCCAAAUGUUUGGCGAAUUUCAAGCUGAGGAUUUUAUUAACCAUUACGGCGAUAGAGAAUGCGCAAACAUUACAACACCCGGCUGCACCUAUCCGGGAUACCGUGUUCUCAUUCCACUCCUGAUGGCUAUUUUCACUCUGACUACACACGUUCUACUCAUCAACCUGCUAAUUGCCAUUUUCACUAAGACUUAUGACAGGAUGGUGGCGAUUUCUCAACAACUUUGGACUAUGCAGCGCUACAGAUUAGUGGAGUACAUUCUCGUCGGGUCUGUUCAGCCGGGACCCUUCCUCAUUUUCUCCUUCGUCUAUCAACUUGCUGCUCUCUUCUGUCGAUCGAAAACCUCGAAUAAAUCAAAUAAAAAAAGACCGUUUCGCAAAUCGUUUGAGGAUAAUCCGGGUCGCGAACGACAACUGAUAAACUGGGAGAAGCUAAGUGCCCUCGUAAUGAUGGGCAUGCAUGACGAGGGUCAAGAGCUGGAGAGGGCUUCCAAGGGUGGAGUUACGUUAGAGAAUAGGCGAAAGGCCACGGAAAGCUGGAAAACGCCAAACGACAGGUCUUGGCAAAUUGUGCGCAGAAUCGUGCCCCCCACUAUGGUCCUACAAAGUCUCGCAAAACCGGGACCUGUGACCGAUGCUCUGGCGAAGAAAAUUGACGACAUCGAUUCAAAGUUGGAGAAAAUAAGUACUAUUAUGUCAGGUCGACCCGUUGAGCCCAAGCUUCUUUUGCCGUCCAAUGUUAAGCGACUGUCUAGAGAAGGAAGCCAUAGAUCAUCACUCAAUUCGAUUGACACCUCAGAUGUGCCGAUUGUGGCGCAGUGGCGUAACCACCAAAUAGCUAUUUAUUCGUCAUUGACAAGCGACACCACACCACAUACCCUGGAUCCCCCCAUUCCCUGGGAGAUGCCCUACCCGAAAUACCGCGCGAUUCCCUGGAGUCCUCGCAGGUUCAUGGUACCUCAGUGGCAAAGCGACAGCAUGCCACCUCCCGAAGCGUCUCGGCUACAUUCAUUUGACUCAACAAAUUUGAGCUUUUGUGAUUCAGCACCAAGGAACCCUGAGGGUCGUGUUGGCACGGCUGGAAAGGGGCUGCUACCAAAAUAUGGCGCUAAUUCAGCCUGCAUAAUUGUGGUGGCUCGUGGAAGCAUCAGCGACGAAGUACUUGUUUUAAAGGGAAUUCGUCCACAGGCGCAAUUUCCUUGGUUUCUCUGCACUCAUCCCCCAAGUUGUAAUCAAACAACUUGUUUCAAUGGAUUGGUCCGAACUUUUUGCCAAAAGUGUCAGAACAGUGAAACCGAACCGACAAAAAAAGCUGUGAUAGAUGAUUUCAUCGCCUCGUUCGUCCAAUGUAUUGAAGUCGGGUCAACAUCGGAUCCAAUCAAUUGCGAUAAUGCUUGGCUUUCUGUCACGGCAAUUCAUUUUCAGAUUCCACCAAACUACAAAUGGAUAUCUGACUUAGAAAACAUAUUGGCGGUCAAGGAUAGCACACCUUCAUGGGUCCGAACGGACAAUUUGCCAGCCCUGAGAAGGAGUCAUCUAGCUGCGCUAAUGGCGAUUAAACAGUAA